AGCGGAACCAGUUCCGGUUCCGGGCUGCGAAAGUACAAGAUGUUUGGAUUGCUGCGACACCUGUUCAAAUUGCAGUUUCUCUUCGUGGUGGUCGCCGUCUGUGCGGGAGUGUACCGCACAGAGAUCAGGCAGUUCCUGCGGCGGCACACGGACGACUACCUAGACAGGGCUGGCCGGGAUGCAGGCGUUCCGGUGGCCUUUCAGGCCGGCGUCGAAGUCGGCACGCUCUUCACGCCGGCUGAGCUGGCGCACUUCAAUGGCGAGGAGGAGGGUCGUCCGCUCUACCUGGCGCUCCUGGGAUCCGUCUUCGAUGUGAGCCGCGGCAUUAAGCACUACGGAUCCGGCUGCAGCUACAACUUCUUUGUGGGCCGCGACGCCUCCGUGUCCUUCAUUUCCGGCGACUUCGAGAACUACGACCCGGAAACGUCCGACGAUGUGCUUACACUGAAGCCAGACGACCUGAUCGGACUGGCCGGGUGGCGGGACUUCUACGAGAAGGACUACAUCUACAAGGGCCGGCUGGUGGGGCGCUUCUACGAUGCCACGGGUGCCCCCACCGCCUAUCAUCACAAGUUCCUGGAGCUGCUGCAGCAGGCGCGGGACGCCAAGCGGCAGGUGGAGGAGCUGCGGGCCCGGUAUCCCGGCUGCAACAUCGAGUGGAGCGAGGAGCGGGGCACCCGCGUCUGGUGCACCACCACCAGCGGCGAUGGUAAGGAGCGCGCCUGGGCCGGCCAUCCGCGCAAGCUCUACAGCCGCGGCAACAAGAGAUUCCAGUGCGCCUGUGUGCCCGACACGGAGCUUGACGAGAUCGAUGCGGCCGGCAGAACGGCCCACGGAGACGCCAUGCUGAAGCCGUACGACAAUUGCGAGCCCCGGGCGCAGGAGUGCUUCUACAGGGUGUAGCAGCUCGUCCAGGAUCUGUAGACAUCACAUUCUUGCUUCUUUGUAUUCCAGUUACCUUUCGGUAGCUUUGGUUUGUCUGGACCUCAGGGACCGAGUUCGAUAUAUAGGACAUUUUGGACCAUUUCCCAGAACGACAGAUAUUCCUUUAGAAAACCCUAGUUCCGGUUCAUUUCUGUUAGCUCUGCUAAGUUCCCUGCUAAGUUGCCGUCCUGUUAUUUGCAGUUCAAUGUAUUCCACUUCAGUCAACAUUCAAGUUGAUUUUGGUAGUUCAAUUAUUCAAAAAUAAUACAAAAAUUAUUUUAUACUUAAAAGAGAUGUAUAUUUAAAUACAAAUGAAAAACAUUUAAACCAAAUAA